GAAGUAGUUUCUUUCGUUGCCGCUAGUUGUGCAUUGAAGUCUGUGAGGUUCUUUUCCAAGCCAAGUCUUUUCUAAUCAACGAGUGCUCCCAUAUUGAACAUGGCUGUUGGAAAGAAUAAGGGACUUUCAAAGGGGGGUAAAAAGGGUCUGAAGAAGAAGAUUAUCGACCCUUUCACUCGCAAGGACUGGUAUGACAUUAAGGCACCGUCUAUGUUCGCCGUCCGUCAGGUCGGCAAAACAUUGGUCAACAGGACCCAGGGAACACGUAUCGCUUCCGAGGGCUUGAAGGGCCGUGUGUUUGAAGUUUCACUUACUGAUCUUCAGAACGAGUCCGAUUCCGAGAGGGCAUUCCGCAAGUUCAAGCUCAUCUCUGAAGAUGUUCAGGGCCGCAACUUGUUGACCAACUUCCAUGGUAUGGAUAUGACUACUGACAAACUCCGCUCCAUGGUCAAGAAAUGGCAAUCCCUGAUUGAAGCCAGUGUUGAGGUCAAGACCUCUGAUGGUUAUCUUCUCCGUGUUUUCUGCAUUGGCUUCACCAAGAAGGAAGCUGAAUCUACACGAAAGACUUGCUAUGCCCAACAUGCUCAGAUCAAGUCUAUCCGCAAGAAGAUGGUUGACAUCAUCACCCGUGAGGUUGGCUCAGUUGACUUGAAAGAGGUUGUCAGCAAGUUGAUCCCCGACUCCAUCAGCAAGGACAUUGAGAAGUCCUGCCAGGGCAUCUACCCUCUCCAUGAUGUCAACAUCAGGAAAGUCAAAGUCCUCAAGAAGCCCAAAUUCGACAUCGGUAAACUCCUUGAAUUGCACGGAGAUGGUGGAAAGUCUGGAGUUGGCGGUGAAGGUGGAGUUUCUGGAUCAGUCGACCGACCAGAAGGCUACGAACCCCCUGUCCAAGAGUCCGUUUAAUUGAAGAAAUGUUUUGCCAUCUUCUUGAACUGACAUUUGAGACAGCGUGAAGGCGGUGGCCCCAAUAAAAAAAAAACUUCAAAAAAAA